GCGCAGGGCCUCGGCAUUCUCCGAGCGGCGCCGCUCGGCUUCGGGUUCAGGCGGCAGGGUCAGCGGUGCAAGCGGCAGCGCUGCUGCUCGCCGAGCGCUGAACAGAGGCGGAGGACGAGGCGGAAGCCACCGGCCGGGCCGGAGGGCGCCUCAGCUCCGCCAGGGCCCCGCGGUGCGGGUCCCAGGACUGAGGAAGAGUCGGACCCCUAGCUGUCCGGGGCCGACCGGGUGCCCGCUUCGGGGAGGCCCGCGGCCGGACGUUGCUGGCCCCUAGCGUCCCUGCCGCACCUCCGGAGAAGCUCCCGGAUCCCCGGCCGCCUCUGGGGUGCCCUCCAUCUCACCUGCGCAGGCCGCCUGGCACCAGGUGCGGGGGAGUGAGCGCGGCGAGGGCGCCUCCCCCAGCCGCCAGCGGGGCGGGGGCGGGGCCGGUUGCGGCUCUCGACCUCACCGGUCGGCCGGCUGCGCUCAGUCUCACCGGUCCGCCGGGCCGCGCGGCGUGAGCUCCCCCCGGGCCCGGCCACUCGGGAUGCUGCCCGCCUGUGCCGCCGCUCGCGCGCCGCCUGCCACCCCUGCUCUUGCCUCCUGGGCCAUGCCCAGCUGUUUACAUGCCGGUGAAGCCCCCGGCCUCUCUGAGUCCUUCCGAGCUCCGGCUUCUCGAGGGUGAAGCCAGCUGGCUCGCGAACUGGACUGGACGCUCAGACCUGGGGCUCUGGACUCAGAUCCCCGCCCGCUUCGCCGCCUCCUCCUCCACCAUCUGGGCGGGAUCCGGCUCUGGUGUUUUUGAGGAGGGGGUGUGGUGUAGAGAAAGGAAUCCUGGGGAUUUCUGCCCCCCCACCCCCGCCGCCUUUUUUGGCCUUCGGGGCUUCAGACUCAGGGAACUCGCUCAUGGCUUUCUUGAUGAAGAAAAAGAAAUUCAAAUUCCAAACCACUUUCACCCUGGAGGAGCUGACCGCGGUCCCCUUUGUGAACGGGGUCCUCUUCUGCAAGGUCCGGCUGCUGGAUGGCGGGGAUUUUGUUAGCUUGUCCUCAAGGGAGGAGGUGCAGGAGAACUGUGUGCGGUGGCAGAAGAGGUUCACCUUUGUGUGUAAGAUGAGUGCCAACCCAGCCACGGGCCUGCUGGACCCCUGCAUUUUCCGUGUGUCUGUGCGCAAGGAACUGAAAGGCGGAAAGGCUUAUUCUAAGCUGGGCUUUGCUGACUUGAACCUGGCGGAGUUUGCAGGUUCAGGCUCUACUGUGCGCUGCUGCCUGUUGGAGGGAUAUGACACAAAGAACACCCGCCAGGACAACUCUAUCCUGAAGGUUACCAUUGGUAUGUUCCUGCUGUCUGGAGACCCUUGCUUUAAGACGCCACCGUCUACUGCCAAGUCUAUCACCAUCCCAGGCCAGGACUCCUCUCUGCAGCUGACAUGUAAGGGUGGUGGGACCAGCAGUGGCGGCGGCGGCAGCACCAACUCCCUGACAGGUUCCCGGCCUCCCAAGGCCCGACCCACCAUCCUGGGCUCAGGCCUGCCAGAGGAGCCUGACCAGGGCCUGUCCAGCCCCGAGGAGGUAUUUCACUCUGGUCAUUCCCGCAACUCCAGCUAUGCCAGCCAGCAGUCUAAGAUCUCUGGCUACAGCACAGAGCACUCACGCUCCUCCAGCCUGUCAGACUUGACGCAUCGCCGCAACACUUCCACUAGCAGUAGCGCCUCUGGUGGCCUCAGCAUGGCUGUGGAGGGUCCUGAGAGCAGUGAGCGGGAGCACCGGCCCCCCGAGAAGCCACCUCGGCCACCCCGGCCUCUGCAUCUGUCAGACCGCUCCUUUCGGCGAAAAAAGGACUCAGUGGAGAGCCACCCAACCUGGGUGGAUGACACGCGGAUCGAUGCGGAUGACAUUGUGGAAAAGAUCAUGCAGAGCCAGGACUUCACAGACGGCAGCAACACUGAGGAUAGCAACCUCCGGCUGUUCGUGAGCAAAGAUGGUUCCACCACACUGAGUGGUGUUCAGCUGGCCAACAGGGUUUCCUCUGGGGUUUACGAGCCAGUCGUGAUUGAAAGCCAUUGAGAGAGCCGGUGUCCAGGCUGAAGAAGCCCCUGCCUUUGUGGGGGUCUAGACCUGCAUCAUUCCAGGAGGGACUUCCCUUUGGAUCCCCACCGCAUCUCAUCUGUGCCUCCUCCAAGUCUUCUUGCCUACACCUGCCCAAAGCAUCAUUCCAUUGUCCUCCCGCCCACCCUGGGCCCUUGCAGCCCUGUGGCCUGGGCACCACUGUGAAUAUUUUCCUCAGAACCACUAGAAGGCAGAACAGGUGGGCAUGUGCUGCAGGGAGCAAGACGAAGCUGUCUAAGACUGUCCCCAUGGAGUCCAACCUGGUCUCAGCUGAGGAUAUGCAGCAGCUCCUUCACAUGUGGGGGUGCUUGUGGCCAAGGGGCCUCUUCCCCCAUGACCCACUCUCUCCAGGAGCUCCAGCUUCAACCAGGCUAACAAGGCCUUGCUCCAUUGCCCCCUUCACCCUUGGGGGCCAGAGCACCCCUGAAUUCUGCCACUUGUGACCCUCUGCUCAGUGCUUCAACUGUCCCUUACCCCUGUCCUGGGAGAUCCGCUGGCGGCUUCCUCCUGGGAGCCAAGACCUCAGACCGUACCCAUACUCCAGAUUGAGACCCCACCUCUCCCACCGAAUGUUCUCCUGCUGCCCUGGCAGCCUGCACUUUGCACAUAACUUGUCCCAGCACAACCUCUCUGGCCCCACUCCCUUCCCCUUGGCCUCUUCCCUAGGACUCCUGGGUGCUGCCUGCAGUGCAGUCAGGCCCAGGGUCUGGCAGCCCGGCUGGCUUAGGGCACUGCCUCUCUUCUAGCUAGCCCCAGCUCAGGCCUAAGACCAGAGCCUAGAAAGGCCUGAGUGUCAUGAUGCCCCCUGUCCAGGGCUGUCCUGAGCAGCUGACUUUCCUAUAGGAAGGAUGGGGCCAGGCUGGGCUGGGCAAGCAAAGCCCCCUUCCUUUGCUCUCAGGUCACAUGUGCAGGUCAGGAAGCCUAGGCUGGGGCCCAUGCUGGAGAGGCAGGUGUUCUGGGACUGGACAGGCUAGAGCUGGCUUCCUGCCUGACAAGUCUCAGCUUUCCUCUGUAUCCCCUACUUCUGGUCAAGGGAGGGGAUCCCUCAAGGGGCAGCAUGCUUUCCCAGUGGGAGCAGUCUGGCCCUGCACCCCACCCCAUACCCCGCUAAGGCCUCCUUGCAGCACUUUUUCCGCUGGUCCUCGGAACUGGCUUGAAGGAGGGCUCUGGCUGCCAACCAGGCCCUGAACAAACUCUUGCCCCUUUGAGUUUCACCAUUUUAUAUAAACCCAGCAGGCUGGUGUUACUUGGCCCUAGCGGUUUUUUUCCUUAUCUUUACUCUCUCUUUUUUGGGUUCACGUUCCAUAUUUUGUCCUCCCCCAGCAAGGGGAGGUACUUGUAAUUCCCUACCCCACCUGCGGGCUGGGUCCCAGCAGGGCUGGGGAUGGCCUGGGGCAGGACACUGGUUCUCUCUGGGUAGGGGAUAAGUGUCCUCCCCAGACAUGGCGGUCCCUUGUCCAGUGCCUGUCUGCUCCAGCUGUCAAGAGUUGAGGUUCUUGGUCUUGGAAACUUACUGAUACUAGGACCAGAGCAUUUCUGGGGGUUUUGUUGUCAUCAGCAUUAUUUUAACCACCCAAUAAUGCUUUCAGAAAAUGGAUGUCAUAAGGUGCCUGCUGUGGCAGGACAGCAUGGCUCUGACUGGAGAAGGCUGUGGUCAGCUCGGAGAGUCCCUUCCUCCCUGGCAGAAACUGGCCACUGUCUGCAGAUGAGGUGACCCUUAGAAGAAUAGGGGAGCACCGUCCUUCCCUUCCAUGCCCAUGACCUCCCCCAUCUUAAGAGGAGGUCACUGUAGUCAGGGUAUAAUUUGGGCUUGAUUGAAAGUUCUUGGGCUUUAGGCAUAAAGCAGCUGGCUUUGUCAGUGUCAGGGAGACUCCCUCAAACCAGCAGCCCCAACCUCACCUAAGCCAAGGUCUGGGCUCAACAGUUAGCCCAGGAGACAAGAGCCUGCCACAUCCUCUCAUACCAGGCCCUGGGCCAGGGUAACUGGGCUGAGAAUUUGGCCAUAACCAAAUGAACACUGGCUGGAGCCAGAGGCCAGGAGCCCUGGCUCUCCUUGUAUGGAAGCCCUUUCUUCAUUCAGCCUGUGCGGGUCCCCUCAAGCUCAGUGAUUCCCCCCAGGUGCCCAUAGCACUUGGAUGUCAGAUUCUGUAUAGAGAGAUAGAAUAUAUUAGAGGUAUUUUUGGAAAGGAAUUGGUCUAUGCAAAGCCAGUUUGGAAUCUUCUCGAAAGACAGUUUAAUGUUUCUACUAGGAGAUAUAAAGAAAAUAAAGGUCUACAAUAUUUUUAGGUUUUUUUUUUUUUUCCCCUGAUCACCCCGCAACUGAUCACACUGCACAGUCUGUCAGGAUGGAGAAAGUCCCCCUUCUAUCCUAACAAUGUUGCCACCACUGCUCCCCAUCCCGUGGGCUGUGUUUGUAUCUCUGCCCCAGCUUAUUGUAGAAAAUAAUGUAAGGGGAAAUCAGCCUAGUGUCGGUGUCUUGGUUUGGGGAAAAAAAUUAAA